UGUCGCUGCAGCAUCGAGUCGUCGAGGAUUCUCGCCUGACGACUUAUUUUGGAAUUCGAAACAAAGAUAUCUUUGUUUCGAGUUUUUUUGAUUCGUUCGAGUCUCUUGGUCGUAAUAUUGGCCCUUUCAUGGUCUUAAGUUGAUUGAUUCACACGAGUUUCAUUUGUCUGAAUAAUUCUACCUUAAUCGUCAUCCUUCUGCACAUAAAAUCAUCCUGCAAACUUAAUACCUUCCCUACAACGAACCUCUUUCUUGGCAAACAAAUCGAUCUUCUACAACAACAUCAUCGAGUAAAAUACUUGCAUAAUGUUCGCCGCCCUGACUGGAAUCAGGCGCCUCUUGGCUACCCACACAGACAUGUCCUCCAGGAUGCCACCGCAGAGCUUCCCUGCUGUACCCUCAACUCUCAACGCUGGCGAUCUCGAGAUGCGUGACUGGAACUCACCAGAAGAAGUUCGAGCUCAUACGAUACCUCAGUAUACACCAUAUCUCGGCCUCCCAUCCCGGUUAUCGCAAGUAUGGAUAAAUCGAUGGACAGUCUUGAUCAUCUUGAUCAUAUGUCGACUCCUGCUCGCCACCCAAACCAUCAACUACGAUCUGGCCAACGCCAAAGCAGAAGCGUUAUCAGCAUGCACUAGCGUCGAGAAUGUUGGCAGUGCUAUGGCUUCGAUGCCUCAUUAUCUCUCCGAUGGAGUUAAUGCCCUCGCCGCCGAUGGUGUCACAAAGGCUGUCAAUGGACUCAUGGACAUGCUAUCGCUGACUGUGACUGGAGUGGAAGAAAUCGUCCUUUUCUACAUCAACAUGCUGACUUCGACAUACGUGUGUCUCAUCACCUUGGUCGUCGCUGGCAGUCUGCACGCCGCAAUUGCGGUAAUGGAGGAUGUUGCAAACUUCAUGAAUUCGUCCAUUGCUAGCAUCACAGGGGAUAUGGCAUCCGAUCUUUCCACCUUUCAGAACGGCCUCAACUCCUUCCUAUCCGACAUCAACAUUGGUGGUCUCCUUGGAAGUUCGAAAAACCCUCCUUCAAUCAACCUCACAUCGCAGAUCAACAGCCUUACACAUAUCACCGUCGAUCCAACCAAAUUUGAUGCCGACUUGACGAAGCUCAAUUCCUCCAUUCCUGAUUUCUCCCAGGUCCACAACUUCACAAAUAACGUGAUCCAGACUCCUUUCGAAUUGGUCAAAAGUCUCAUCAAUUCUUCCAUGGCGGCUUAUACCUUCGACAAGUCUGUAUUCCCGGUGCCCCAGAAACAAGCUCUCACCUUUUGUUCCGACAAUCCAGCCAUCGAUAACUUCUUUGGCGGUCUCACAAAGGUUGUUUUUGAUGCCCGAAAGAUCUUCAUCAUCGUGUUGACCAUUGUCGCUAUUUUGGUCUGCAUCCCUAUGGCAUUCCAAGAUAUUUGGUCAUGGCGAACGAUGCUUGAAAGAGCAAGACUCAUACAGAAAAUGGCUUUUGAUCCCCUUGAUGUACUUUAUCUUGCCAAACGACCAUAUACUUCAACAGCCGGUGUUCGGUUGGCUGGCAAGAUGCCCGGCCCAGAAGGCUCGAAAGCCAAGAUCCUUGCCCGUUGGUUUGUCGCUUACGCCACCACCCUUCCAGCUCUGUUUGUGCUAGCUCUCGGCGUUGCUGGCUUGCUCACUUGUUUCUUUCAAUUUCUGGUCCUCAAGGCCAUCGAGAAAGAAGUUCCAGUACUUGUGCAAGAAGUUGGAGAUUUUGCGGACGUCGUAGUGAGCGCCCUUAACAAUGCCUCUACGGCUUGGGCCAUCGGUGCCAACGCAGUCAUCAACAGCACAAACACCAAAGUGAACGACGAUGUAUUUGGCUGGGUUAAUACGACCACUUCAGCGUUGAACGAUACUCUCAAUGCCUUCUCCGAUGAAAUGACGAUAGCUUUGAACGAUACUUUUGGCGGCACAAUUCUAUAUCAGCCUGUUACCGGUCUUUACGAGUGCUUAGUCGGCCUGAAGAUUGCCUCUUUUGAGAAGGUGAUCACAUGGGUCCAAGAUAAUGCUCAUGUCACAUUCCCCGAGUUUCGUGAUGAUGUAUUUUCUCUUGGCGCAGCAGCAAGUAUCGCGCCUAAUGCUUCGACAGCCGACUCCUUCUUGAGCUCUCCUGGCAACAGCACUACCGACGGGAUCACUAAUGCUAUCAUCAAAGUCACCACUAAGCUAGAAGAGGCCAUCAGACAAGAGGCGAUAAUUGCUGGAUCUUUGGUCGGAUUGUGGUUCGUGGUCGUCCUGAUGGGAUUGGUACGAGUUCUGUGGGCACUCUGCGCAAGAGACAAGACUCGCGCAGAAGGUGGAGCUGCUGGAUACACAGGCGACAAUCGAAACCCUAUCUCUCCUCAAACCGCACAUCGCAACGACAGUGGAACUUUCCCAGAAUUUGGUGAACCGGUCAGCUCUGUCUAUCCAACGAGGAGUCCAGAAGAUCAUUGGCAAGUCCCUGCAUAUCCAGACGAUGAGAAAGUGAUGGGAGCAGUGGGCCACGGAAGCUACGAGAGGAAUGAGGCGCCUCGGUAUCAGAGAUCAAGUAGCUACGGGUUGGUAGCAGAUGUCAAGCGAUGAGUUCGGUAGAUCUUGGCUGGUCCUUGACGCCUGACAAUCCUUUGUAUACGCCAGUCGGCGAAUUUAAUGUUUAGGGUUAUGGAGAAAAGGUUUAGACAUUUCUUUCACAAGACACACCACAACUCCAUUCUUUUAGAAGAUGCAAGAAAGCCCAUGAAGGAGGGCAGGACAAGAGUGGGAAGCAUCUUUCUUGUGGUGG